AUGAAGCUCACAAAGAAGAUCGCCGAGCACAAAGUGAACAGACCGUUCUAUACUUUAGAAUUUUUCCCUCCUAAGACCGAGCAGGGUUUUGAGAAUCUGCUCGCCCGAAUCUCGCGUCUCGUUUCUCUGGACCCUCUCGCUAUCAGCGUAACGUGGGGUGCCGGAGGUACCACGAAGGAGCGCAGUCUCGACCUCGCGGGAGUUACUCAAGCCGAUCAUGGCGUUGAUACGAUCCUGCAUCUGACAUGCACGAACAUGCAGCAGGGUAUGGUUGAUGAUGCAUUGAGGGAUGCUAAACAACGUGGGAUUGAGAACAUACUAGCUCUCCGAGGAGAUCCUCCGAGAGGGGAAGAGUAUUGGAUUCCCACAGACCGCAGGUUCACGCAUGGUGCCGAUCUAGUCUCGUACAUCAAAUCUUCCCCGGAGUUUUCCUCUGGCUUCUGCGUUGGCGUGGCAGCAUACCCGGAUGGGCACACUGACGGAGACAUCGACAAUGAUGGAGAACUAGAGUUCUUGAAAGCGAAAGUUGACGCCGGCGCUGACUUUAUCGUCACCCAGCUGUUCUAUGAUGUCGACAACUUCCUGCGCUGGGUGAAGAAGGUCAGAGCGAAAGGAAUCAGGGUUCCUAUCAUUCCUGGUAUCAUGCCCAUGCAGACUUACGCGUCUUUUCUGCGCAUGACGAAACUCUGUGGUACUCGUAUACCAACUAGCCUCAUGGCCGAUCUUGAGCCCAUACGUCACGAUGAUCAGCAAGUGAAAGACUACGGCGUGAAGCUUGCAAUUGGAAUGAUACAGAAGUUGACGGAAGAUGGAGACAUUCGCGGUGUCCACUUCUGCACUCUGAACCUUGAAAGGAGUGUGUAUCGCGUCUUGGAAGGUUUGGGAUGGACAGGUACUAGCCCCAAAAUCACCAACAAGCUGAUUACAGACAUGCCUACCGCAGAAAAUCCGGAGCUCAUUGUCACUGCCCACUCGGCCACCGAUUCCGCUGCGAAUUCAUUGACGACCGGUGUGCCUCUUGAAGUUGAGGCAGGAAAGGGUGAACUCAACAAUGCUUCUGCAUGGGAUGAUUUCCCUAAUGGACGAUUCGGCGACUACAAGAGUCCCGCCUAUGGUGAGACAGAUCUAUGGGGGAGCUCGACGAUGUCCCGAAAGCAAGCCCUUGCGCAGUGGGGUCAUCCCAAAUCGUUGGAAGACCUUACAGACAUCUUUGUGCGCCACCUGCACUCCGAGAUCGCUACGACGCCAUUCUCCCCUUCACCUCUUAAUCCGGAGUCUCUCAUGAUUCUGACUCAGCUUGAGAAACUCACUCGUAUGGGAUGGUGGACGGUUGGGUCUCAACCUGCUAUCGACGGUGCCAGCUCGGCAGACAGUGUCGUCGGCUGGGGUCCCCGAGGAGGUUACGUGUAUCAAAAGAGCUUCGUUGAGUUUUUUGUGGAGAAGACCGACCUUGAGAAAAUCAAGAGCAAAGUUGAGACGGAAGGGGGAGGUUGGGUUAAUUACUUCGCCGGAAACGUCCAGGGUGAAUGCUGGACCAACAUGCCUGACGAUGGGAGAAAUGCCGUUACGUGGGGCGUCUUCCCUGGUCAGGAAGUCGCGCAGUCGACCAUUAUUGAGAAGGAGUCCUUCCUCUCGUGGAAGGACGAGGCAUUCUCAAUAUGGGUGGAAUGGGCGUCAUUCUACCCGCCAGAUUCAGCUGAGAGAAAACUGUUAGAUAGCAUUCUUGAUCAACGCUGGCUCUUGAGCAUCGUACACCAUGACUAUACGAACCCAGACGCCUUGUGGACGUUCUUAUUCAAAGACAGUCCAGAUACUUGA